AUGUCCAUUGCGCAUGCUCAAUGCGCAUUGGAAGCCAUGUUGGAGCUACAGUGGGUUCGGGCUGGGAUUUUCUGACGCCGUAUGUUUUUCUUAAAAUAUCUGUUUUCAUACAUUGUCGGAGUUCGUCAAACGUGCGCGAUCGGCGCCGUAAUCGGCAUUGGAAAUGAUGAACUCCAGUGUCGACCUGUCCCGGCGGAAUCCGCAGGAGGAUUUCGAGCUGAUCCAGCGGAUAGGAAGCGGCACAUACGGAGAUGUGUACAAGGCUCGUAAUGUAAACACAGGAGAGCUGGCUGCUAUCAAAGUCAUUAAACUGGAACCGGGUGAGGACUUUGCUGUCGUCCAGCAAGAGAUUAUAAUGAUGAAGGACUGUAAACACUCCAACAUCGUAGCCUAUUUUGGCAGUUAUCUCCGGAGAGAUAAGUUAUGGAUCAGUAUGGAGUACUGUGGAGGAGGUUCUCUGCAGGAUAUCUAUCACAUAACCGGGCCUUUGUCAGAGUCACAGAUAGCCUACAUGUCACGGGAGACUCUGCAGGGUUUAUACUACCUACACAAUAAAGGCAAAAUGCACAGAGACAUUAAGGGAGCCAACAUCCUCCUGACAGACAACGGCUAUGUUAAACUAGCUGACUUUGGUGUAUCGGCCCAGAUUACAGCAACCCUAGCCAAGAGGAAGUCGUUCAUUGGAACUCCGUACUGGAUGGCUCCAGAGGUAGCAGCAGUAGAGCGGAAAGGAGGUUACAACCAGUUGUGUGAUAUCUGGGCUGUGGGCAUAACUGCAAUAGAGCUGGCUGAACUGCAGCCACCCAUGUUUGACCUGCACCCCAUGAGGGCUCUCUUCCUAAUGACCAAGAGUAAUUUCCAGCCUCCUAAGUUGAAAGAUAAAGUCAAGUGGACAAAUAACUUUCACCAUUUCGUCAAACUGGGCCUCACCAAGAACCCAAAGAAGAGGCCCACAGCUGAGAAACUGCUGCAGCAUCCUUUUGUGUCCCAGCCUCUCAGCAGGACGCUGGCAAUAGAACUGCUGGACAAAGCCAACAACCCCGACCACAGCACCUACAAUGACUUUGAUGACGAUGACCCCGAACCAGAGUCUCCGGUGUCUGUUCCUCAUCGUAUUCGUUCCACCAGCAGGAGUGCCAGAGAGGGAAAGACGCUGUCAGAGAUUAACUUUGGUCAAGUGAAGUUUGAUCCUCCCUUAAGAAAGGAGACAGAACCUCAUCAUGAACCGUGUGAAUCUGAGCCCUAUCUGGACUGUGUUGAGGAGCUCUACUAUACCGCGAGAUCUAAUCUGGACUUGCAGUUGGAGUACGGGCACGAUUCACCAAGUCUACUGGGUGGAAACAAGAGUCUUCUCAAAUCUGUGGAGGAGGAGCUACAGCAGAGGGGCCAUGUGGCACACUUAGGGGAUGAUGAUGAUGAGGAUGAUGAUGGUGCAGAUGAUGAUGAAACUCACACUCAUAAAUCAAGCACUAUCAUGAGGCCAAAGGUCCCACCUCCCCUUCCUCCCAAGCCCAAGUCCAUCUGCUCAUCCCAACCCCAGCAGCAGCAGCAACUAAAACACGACGACAGCCAAUCACACAGCGAGGACGAUGGCGGAGGGGGAGGGACCAUCAAACGCUGUCCAGUCCCAGAGACGCCGAGCCCCGCCAAGGCCGCCUCCAACGUCCCUCCGCGGCCCCCGCCCCCGAAGCUGCCACCCCACCGCCGCAGUAGCCUAGGUAACGAGAGCCCGACGUGCGCGGACGUCGAAAACUCUGCCCCAGAGGAUGAUGGGAGCUUUAGGCAUUUCUGGGAGUGGCUCCACACGCCUCACACAGAGGAGGAGCUGGAGGAGGCAUGGGAGGUGCUGAAGGAGGUGAAAGAGGAGCAGGAAAAAGAGGAGAAAAAGGAAGAGAGUAACGGGCUGAACACAGCUCCACAUCCACAUAGUGGAGAGAGGGACAGUCCAGCAGACAGACAGUCCACCAUGCCCCCUAGUGUCCCCAUACGGAAAGACAAGAAGGACGUUCCGAAGCCAAUCAGUAAUGGCCUCCCCCCUACACCCAAAGUCCAUAUGGGUGCGUGUUUCUCCAAGGUGUUCAACGGCUGUCCUUUGAAGAUCCACUGUGCCACCUCCUGGAUCAAUCCCGACACCAGAGACCAGUAUUUGAUAUUCGGAGCUGAAGAGGGAAUCUACACAUUAAACCUUAAUGAGCUACAUGAGACCUCCAUGGAACAGCUCUUUCCUCGGCGGUGCACCUGGCUAUAUGUCAUGAACAAUUGUCUUCUUUCCAUAUCUGGAAAAGCCUCACAACUGUACUCCCAUAGUCUGAGCGGUAUGUUCGAACAGGCCAGACAGUUACAGAAGUUACCAGUAGCCAUUCCCACACACAAGCUGCCUGAUAAGAUGAUUCCCAGGAAGUUUGCGGUGUCCAAUAAAGUUCCAGACACUAAAGGGUGCCAAAAGUGCUGCGUAGUUCGUAACCCGUACACAGGCCAUAAAUACCUGUGUGGAGCCUUUCAGUCUAGUGUCAUGCUGUUGGAGUGGGUGGAGCCCAUGCAGAGGUUCAUGCUCAUCAAGAACAUCGACUUCCCGUUGCCGUGUCCGUUGGAGGUCUUUGAGAUGUUGGUGGUCCCGGAGCAGACUUACCCUCUGAUCUGUGUGGCGGUCAGUAAAGGCACCGAACUCAACCAGGUGGUUCGGUUCGGCACCGUCAACCCCAACUCUACCUCCUCCUGGUUCACAGAAGCAGACACCCCCCAGACGUGUGUGAUCCAUGUCACCCAGCUAGAGAGAGACACUAUCCUAGUCUGCCUUGACCGGUGUAUCAAGAUAGUGAACCUCCAGGGCAGGUUGAAAUCCAGCAGGAAGUUGUCAGCCGAGCUCACCUUCAACUUCCAGAUUGAAGCCACAGUUUGUCUCCAAGACAGUGUACUGGCCUUCUGGAGGCAUGGCAUGCAGGGACGCAGUUUCAAGACCAAUGAGAUCACCCAGGAGAUCUCUGACAGCACACGCAUCUUCAGACUACUGGGAUCAGACCGACGUUUCGACUGUAGAGAUCCAGAUGCAGAGGAUAGAGGCCUCACUCUGCCCAGGGUGGUGGUGCUGGAGAGCAGGCCUACAGACAACCCUACAGCCCACAGCAACCUCUACAUCCUGGCAGGCCAUGAAAACAGCUACUGAGACAGACAGACACACACACACACACACACACACACACACACACACACACACACACACACACACAGACAGACACAGAUCCGCACAUAAACACACUCUCUAAACAGCCUACGGGAGACACACUUGGCCCAACCUAACCAUUAACCCACCCAACCUCCUGUGUAACUGGGAGAUGAGCUGUUCACGGGUGCAGAUGUCGAUUCCCAGUCGCAGACGUUUAAAAAUGCACCGCGGUUACAGUUACAUGUGUAUUAGUUAAGCGUGUUGUAGUAGGGCAGCGGGUUGUGGAGCUGUUUCUGACAGGGCCAGGGUUAAAACUGCCGGUCUGAGGCCAGUUUAGGUUGAGAUAGCCGAGGGAAUCUGCACCUCAGUCGAGCGACGUCCUUCCUGAUACCAUCCCACCUUUUCCCCCUUCAUACUGCACCCUGGGGAAACCGCAUCCAGCACAGAAGUCUGACAUCAACACUACUUCUACUACUAGUUCUACACAUACUACUACUAAUGCUUCUUGCGCUAAA